CUCGUUUAGUUUUUCAACAUGGACAAUCACAGAGAGUUUGGGAGAGCUGUUCCAGUGCAGAUCACUGUUCUCUCUGGAAAUAAUUUGAGAGGCAGUAGGACUGAUUUGUGUCUCAGUUUUGUUCGGGUGGAGUUCAAUGGAUCUGUGCUGGGAGACUCACAAAAACUGGACAUUGUUGUAGACAAAGAUGUGGUUUACAACUUCACCUGUAGUUUUGAAUGUUCAGAAGUAGCUCAUACACUGGAUGAUGUGGCACAUAAACCUGUCAUACUAACGGUGCUCGAGACCUUACCAAAAGAGAAAAAACAGAAAGAGGAGAAAACCACCGUACUAGGACAAGCCGUUGUGGACCUUCUGCCACUGCUACGAGGUCAGUGUAGCUUCUCAUCCACUGUGCUUCUUCAUGAUGUUGCUGUGCGUGAGGACGGCGUAAGAUCCACACUAGAUGUGACAGUGAGCGUCCCGGAGCCGUUGCUCUCUGAUGGCCAGCGCUCUGACUCUAAUGUGCUGAUGGUCACCGUCGAGACGAUGUAUUCGGUUCCUGAGGUCUGGAAUCCUGCCUCCACUCCUCCCUCCAGCUACGUAGCUGCCCUGCAGAUUCCCGACUCAGCCAUGAAAGAGCAAGUGUUGUUGUUUUCCAAUGGCAUCUUAAAAAUGGGUGGUGAGCAGGAGCCAGUGCCAAGACCCAAAAAAUGGCCCUUGGGGCCUCUUGUCACACCAGGAGCCGAGGUCAUUCAGGGCCUUUAUAUUGACUCAGAACCCACAGACACGGAUCACGGAGACCUUACCGACAUAGAGGACAAGGAUUUCAGAGAGAACGCGGAGUGUAACGAGAAUAGGGUGAGCUGGGAUACGGCACGUCGUUGCUUUAUUGAUGCAGGAGGCGUGGCCUGUCUGUCCCGCAGGAUUGCAGAAUGCAGACUGUGGCCUGUUGAGAUCAUGAAAGCCAAUCAGACGGUACCAACCAAAGGUGGUAGAACAGCCAGAGACAAGCAGGGGGAGGAAGAGGCACAGAUCUCGUUUCAUGGAGUGGUUUACAUGGAUCUGGUGCCGUUGUUGUACCCUGGAGUACGGCGUAUACACGGGGUGUACAGAGUCUACCCGUUUUAUGAGUCUGAUCUACUGAACAAGACUCAGAGGACCUACAGCGUUCUGAAGGAGCUCAGCAGAGCACCGCCGGCACCGGGCCGAACUCGAGACAAUUCCUCCGUCGACUCCUUAAGGGCGUUUCAGAGUAAAACCUUGGACAACCAGAGAGGAAACAAAGAGGUUCCCAAAAAGCCAGAUUCCCAGGGGAAAUCUGCUCAGUCUGAAAGUGUGACUGGACUGGAGCCACCGGUGAACACGGAGGGACAGAUGUAUGCCGAUUCAAGAUCGUACAUCAUCAUUGAAAUUGCUAUGGAAAAGCCGCUGGUUCCAAAGAGACCACCGGAGGAGCUGGCCAAACGUGUGGAGGAGUUGGUUCCUCCCAGACCUCCUCUGCCUCGACGGCCAGCGGGAGCAGAAAGGGCAGUACAGGAAUACCAGUCUCAGAUAGCGAGUGUGGCCGCCCAGGUGUUAGAUCAGUACCAGCAGCUGUUCGGGACCGCGUUUGUGCCUGGAGGGAAGCCUCUGGACCCCGUCCUGCAGGAACAGCGCAAAACCCAACUGCUCGGAGAACUCAACUGCUCUGGGAAAUACUUCGCCUUCAAGGAACAGAUGAAGUACUCUGUGGUCCGGAUCGUAAGAGAGAAGAUGUUGAGGACAGAGGCCUUCUCAGACCCUGAACAGCUCCAAGCGUUCCUCAGUCAGCUCUACGUGUUCCUGGUGGACGAGAUGCAUGCUGCUCUCAAUAAGAGCCUGUCAGUGGACUCUCAGGACACGCAUCAUGAGCCUCUGCUGAGCUGCGCUCAACUCAAACACUUCGCCAGAGAGGCUCAACUCAACACGGACUACCAGCUGGCAGAACAGUACUAUCAGGAGUGUUUGAUUCGAGACCGCAGUGACCCGUCCCACUGGUUUGAUUAUGGAGCGUUCCACAUGCUGACCGCCGACCACUUGAAGGCCGAGGAGUGCUUUCAGCAGGCCUUAUCCAUUGAGCAAACACACAUACCCAGUUUGCUCAUGUGCGGCGUUCUGUCUGACAUGAAUGGACGCUAUGAGGAUGCAGAGACCUUCUUUGAAAGGGCGACGAGUGUGGAGCCGAACAAUGUGGUCGCAUGGACUUUAUUUGGUGUGUUCUGCCAGGCUCAGGAGAAGUUCAUCCAGGCAGAAAUGACUUUUCGGGAGGCCAAUAAGCAUUUUAUUUCAGUCAUGAAAAAUGACCGGACAUCUAGAGCAAAAAUAACCUCAGAGACUCAGUCUGGUCAGGAGGAGGAGCAGAAAGAUGAAACGAGCGAGACAGGUGGCGCUGGCGCUGUGCACGAAGAGGACAUCCCACAGAACUGCCAGGAGAGAAAACAGGAAGUACAACAGCAAACCACUAUCUUCAUGGAGACGGUGUGGUUUCUCCUGCAGAACUAUGCAUUACAGAUGUCCCAGCGGACUCUGGCUCUAGAGCUGCUGUCUCCGGACAGAGGAACCGUCAGCUCGUAUCAUCUGGCUCUGGCCCGGCUUCAUUUGCUGAGAGGAGAACACGACAGCGCUGAGGCCAGCCUGAAGGAGGCGCUGAUCGACAACUUCCAGAACCCAGACACGUGGGCCCUGUGGGGUCACUUGCAUCACGCGAGGGCCGAUUACGCUCAGGCUCAGAGCUGCUAUGAGCGGACGCUGGAUUCUGUGCUGGACGCUUCAGACACACACUCCGUACACCUCCGUCUGGGCUCCAUCUACCUGCAGGAAGGAGAAUAUGAAAAAGCCAAAGCUGUGUUCCUGCGCGUCUGCAAACGCUCUCCGUCAUGCCUUACUUGGCUCAGGCUGGGAAUCGCCUGCUAUAGACUGGAGGAGCUGAGUGAGGCUGAAGAGGCGCUGACUGAAGCCAACGCACUGAAUAACAGGAAUCCAGAGGUGUGGGCUUACCUGUGUCUGGUCUGUUUACAGACUGGCCGAAAACUAGAGGCAGAGCAGUCGUAUAAAUACGCCAUGAAGAUGAAUUUACAAAAAGAGUCACUUCUACAGGAGAUCCACGACCUGCAGUCACGCGUUGGGUUCGGAAACCCUUCCUUCUGAUGUGCCUUAGCCACAGAAAUGAAAUUUUAAACCUUAUAAAGGUUAAUUACUUAAUCCUAAUAUAAAAACGUGUAUAUGAUAAUAAAAUAUGACUUUUAACAUAA